AUUUAUGUUACUUCUGUGUUGAUCGCACUAGGAGAAUUCUUUUCUUCACCAGCAUUGGCGCUUGCCGAUGCCGCCACUUUGAAUGCUACAAAGGAUAAUCCACAAGAGAAGUUCGGAAAAAUUCGUCUAUUCGCGUCGGUUGGUUGGGGACUCGCCAUGUUUGUCAUGGGAAUUGGGGGACUCGACUACUCUGAUACAUUCCGAAAUCAUCCAUGCCCCACAAGUAACACCACCGAGAAGAACUACACGCUUUGCUUUGUUAUGUGCAGCAUCUUCAUGUGCGCAGCUAUGCUUCUUGGUACUCAAUUCAAAUUCGGCGAUGACACGGCCCGUCCUAGUGAAGUGGUCGGACUUGUGAUGGAUACGCGAGAGUCUGAAGUAUCACACGUGGUGGCUGAAAAAGCUAGAGCUCGUCAAGUGCAACAGACAAGAUUUUUGAAC